AUGCCUGAAUACAUCGUUGGCAGAAACCCAGUCAUAGAACGCCUACAGAGUGAGUCUCAAGAUGUAGAAAAAAUCUGUAUCGCCGAAGGAAGCACGCACUCGCGCAUCCACCAAAUUAUCACGAUGGCGGAACGGGCAGGCAUUCCCCUCAAACACUGCACACGGCGCGAAUUAGAUAGGCUUGAACCGUCUGUGCCACACCAAGGUGUUAUUGCUUUUGUUAAGGCUCUGCAAUAUAGUGACUUGUCAUCAAUACUCGCGAAGGUACGACACAGUAAGCGCGAUGCGCUGUUGAUUAUGUUAGACGGGGUUCAGGAUCCGAGGAAUCUUGGGGCGAUCCUCCGAACUGCCGACGCUGCGAAUGCCGACGCUGUCAUUAUUCCAAAGAACCGUGCUGUCGGUAUCACAGCCGCCGUCCACAAAGCAUCAGCAGGCGCAUCUGCCUAUAUCCCUAUUGUCAAAGUGACGAACCUUGCGCGCACCGUAGACACGCUUAAAAAAGCAGGUAUCUGGGUCGCAGGUGCUACCGGGGAUGCGUCGCUCCUAUACACCGAUGCAGAUUUUAGCGUCCCGUUAUGUCUCGUGUUAGGAAGCGAAGGGGAAGGCAUCCGACGACUCGUCAAACAGCAAUGUGACUAUCUCGUGCAUCUACCGAUGUUCGGGAAAAUUGAGUCGCUUAACGUUUCAGUUGCAGCCGGUGUUCUGCUAUACGAGGCACUUCGGCAACGUGAGGCAAAGUGA